AUGGCCCUAACCGUUCCUGAGCCCAAGAGCUUUACUGGUAAAGGUGUCGAGACCACCGUGGGCGGCCGGAGACUCCAAGCAGGCAAUUCUCGCUGGCUGGAUUUAUCGGAACAUGAACUUGUCCAACCAAUGCUUGCUCAAGGAUACACUGUUUUCUGCUUUUCUAUAGACAAUGCCUUACAUGCGGUCUUUGCUCUUGAGGAUGAGCUUCAACCUGACGCUGCGGGGACGAUUGAGACCUUGCAGAAGCGUGGUGUCUCGCUUAGCAUUCCUGGAAAUAAUGUUCGUUCUCAAAGCUCGCCCGCCGACAAGAGGGAUUAUAUCCAGAUGCUCCUUGGUACAGGUGCGGACCGCAAGGAACCGGUUGUUGUUUUCUGCGGCGAUGGCACCAACGACGCCGUUGCUCUCGCGCAGGCUACGAUCGGCGUCCGCAUGAACGAAGGCACAGAUGUCGCGCAAUACGCCGCGGAUGUGGUAUCUCAUGCGGCCUUCUCUGGCUGGCAUCCCCACCAUGAUGGACUCCAGUCGGGAAUCUUCCUUCUCGUUGCGGGUGCUUUUGUCGAUGCGAGAAUUUCUCCACAGUUUGCGGGACUAGGAGAAUUGGUGAGUGUGUUACCAGUAAUUGCCGCUGCGUUGCUUCUACGCUGGCCGAAGAUCUAG